AUGACUGCUACGCGCCAUGAGGCUACUGCCUUAGCCCAACAGCAGCAAAAUGUCGAAGCUGAUAAAACAAACAGUAGCCGUGCAGGCCAAAUGACACUGAAGGAGAAAGAGGACGCGACAACAAUCGUUUGGUUGCGAGUGCACGUUGAUGAUGACAGUCAGAGUGAGACGAUGCUCGGGUUUGAGUGCAACUGGAAGCCGGGCAUUGGUGGAUCAAUUUGGACGAGUGGCGUGUUGCUCGCUGCCCACUUAGAGCUGUACCGCGAGUACUACCGUACAAUUUUUGAAGGUGCGCGUGUGGUCGAGAUAGGCAGUGGAACAGGUUACGUUGGACUUAUGGUCGCCGCCUGUUUUAGACCGGCUCAUGUUUAUUUAACGGAUUUAUCUACACAUGUUAAUGGACUACAACGCAACGUGGAGAGAAAUGCUCGUGCUGUCCGUACUGGCGUUCAAGUGCACGUUUCGGAGCUAAGUUGGGGCUCACUUGAGCAAGAGAUGGAUUUGCUAGAGUCAAUGGCUGUGACAAGCGACGUCAAUGACAAUAAGAUCAAAGCUGCAUCACAGAUUGAUGUUAUUUUGGGUACUGAUGUGGCGUACUUACAAGAGCUGUACGAUCCUUUGCUUCAUACGAUCAACCACUUAGCAACAUCACGCACAUUGAUUUUGCUAGGACUUAACCGAGUGGAUACAUCUCACGCAUUCUUUCAGCAACUCGAGCAGAAUGGUUUUGAGUAUUAUAAAAUCCCAGACUUUAAACUUCCAAAGAAUUACUGGGGCCGCGACUUUGGACUUUUUGAGAUUCGCCGUUCCGUCCAAUCUGAUUUCACACUUGAGUUUUGGUAA